CUCUUAAAACUCAUUUCCCUGCUUCUCGUGAUUUCCUUGCGUCCCUCCAUGCUUCCCUUGUGGGAGGGACUAGACGGCAAGGAUUUCAUUUAACCGACCUGAGACGGGGCCCUAGACGUUAGGAGCUGAUUUUUGGAUUAUCCAACCGCAACCUUCGACUGCAGCCAUGCUCUGAGGUGAUAUCAAUGAUGCUUCAUGUUUAUAGCUGAUACAACUUCUGCUACAGUAGAAACAGAUGAACCAUGACACUUAUCGACAGCCAAAACAAUGCAGUUCCCUUCCGUUUAAAGAAAAAUACAGUAACGACUGACCAUAGGUGAUUCAGAAUAGACAAGUCGCCUUUGGACUGAUCUGACAGCCCUUUGAUAUGAUGACCUACUUUGGAGCAAGAGCAAUCCUUCUCAACCUGAGGCACAGUUUCCAUAAAGCAGGGUGCUUUACCAGAACCAGGCUCAUCCAUAGCUCCAGGACAUAUUUUGUAAAAAGAGGGCAGAUACUGUCGCAGAUACCCAAGGUGACGUUGCUAUGUUGGGGUGCAGUCAAUGCAUCACCCUGUGCAGCCAGAUGCCAGGAAGCCAUUCUUCCACAUCCAACCGCAGGCAAGAAAUCCCUCGCUAAAGUCGAAGUGCACAAAUUCAUAUUUUUUCUUCGCCUUAGCCUUCGUGCAUUAGUCCUCCUCCUCAAAUUUGGCCCCCUGCUCCUCCUCUCGCCCCUGACUCUGGUGUCCACUCGCUGGGCGUCUUGCUGGCUGGGGGCUCUUCUGUGGGUCACUGAAACAUCUGGUCCUACUUUCAUCAAGCUGGGGCAGUGGGCCAGCACCAGACGGGACAUCUUCCCUCAGGAGUUUUGUGAGCGCUUUUCCACGCUUCAUGUAAAGGUGCGCCCUCACUCCUGGAGCCACACCAAGCAGUGUCUCCGGAGGGCCUUUGGGGAGGGCUGGAGGAGAGUUUUAAUGUUUGACAGCAAAGAGCCGGUGGGUUCAGGGUGUGUGGCUCAGGUGUACAGAGGCUGGGCCAGGACAGACCAGGUGGAGGAUCCAGCCUUCCAGUUGUUGGUGGAGGAGAUGGAGAAAGAAGACCUGCUGGAGGCAUGGGAGAUCCCUGGGCUGGGAGGAGUCGCAAGGGCCCUGCGACAGCUCUGGAGAGGGGGCAAGGAGGAGGAGGGCUAUGAGGAGAAAGGUCGCUUUGAGGACAGCAGCACAGAGAAGGGCCAUCUGAUACCUGUGGCUAUCAAGGUGAUUCAUCCAGGCGUCAGGAGGCAGGUGGAAAUGGACAUCCUGCUGAUGAAAAUGGGCAGUUGGCUCCUGCACUGCCUGCCUGGACUCAAGUGGCUCAGUCUAUGUGAGAUAGUAGAGGAGUUUGAGCAGCUCAUGACAAAACAGAUUGAUCUCCGCUUUGAGGCCAAGAACAUAGAGCGUUUCCAGGAAAAUUUCCGCAAUGUGGAUUAUGUCAAGUUCCCAACUACGUUACGACCAUUUGUUACCAGGUCUAUUUUAGUGGAGACUUUUGAGGAGAGUGAGCCCAUAUCCAACUACCUGAGACCUGACAUUCCUAAGGAGGUGAAGCAGAGAAUCGCCAGAAUGGGAAUAGAGACCAUGCUGAAGAUGGUUUUUGUUGACAACUUUGUCCACGGUGAUCUCCACCCAGGGAACAUUCUGGUCCACUGCUCCGGGCCUCUUCCUGGUUCCUCUGACGGGGCUGGGGUCUCAGGGGAGGCUCAGGGUAAGACCACCCUCACUGACCUGUGGGACACGGUGGUGGUCAGCAUCAGACCGGAGCCCUGUCCUCUGCAGCUGGUGCUGCUGGACGCCGGCAUCGUAGCCCACCUCAGCGAGCACGACCUGUCCAACCUCAAGGCUGUGUUCACUGCUGUGGUGCUGCAUCAGGGCGAGCGAGUGGCAGAGUUGCUCCUGAAUCACGCUCGGGCCAAUGAUUGCCAAGAUGUGCCGCAGUUUAAGAAGGAGAUGGCCCAGCUGGUGGACAAUGCUCUCAGCAAAAGCCUCUCCCUGGGAAAGUUCCAAGUGGGGGAAUUGCUGUCCAGAGUCUUUGGUGUACUCAUCAAGCACAAGGUGAAGCUGGAGAGUAACUUUGCCUCCGUUGUGUUUGCCAUCAUGGUGCUGGAGGGUCUCGGCAGGACACUGGAUCCAAACUUGGACAUCCUGGAUAUUGUCAAACCUCUGCUGCUAAAAAACUAUACCUCAAGGCUCUGACACACACACACACAAGAGCUUAAGCACACUGGGCAUCUGUAACAACACAACGCACCUACACUCUAUAUAUUUUAUACAUAUAGUAGAUCUAUAGAUAGAGUGCAUGUGUGUGCUGUGUUCUCGAUAUAGUGGUGGUUGUAUUCAAGCUAACAAGAUGCCACUGUGGGGGCCAAAAACACAGUUUCUUCACUACAUUUUAGCAGUGCCCUAAAUACCUCAUUUUUUAUUUGUUGUAUUCCCACUUUGAUCUCUGCUUCUCAUGCGUUUCAUCAUCUACUGUGUUUGUGCUAUCAUUUAAUUUAGAGGAAAAUAAUCUUCCAGGCGCCUCUAACUGAGCCUAAUGAAGGAGAGUGUGUGCUUUACACAAAGCAAUCUCGUGUUUAUUGAGUGCUAAUGGACUCGGACAUAGAUUGCAUCAGAGACCAUUUGUAGUGAUUUAAGAUAUAAGAGGAAAUACUGUGACUGUCCCUUGUUGCUCUCCAUGCAUGUUUAACUUUUCAAUGACUAAUAUUGAUCUCAAGAUGUCUUUUAUUGCAUCCGAGAUAAUGUUGUCUAAUGGGCCAUAUUUGCUCUUGUGUGAAUCACUAUACUGUUCCAUUGAUGAAGUGAAGGCUAGACUAAGUGUGCACACAACUAUACCAUCUCUUCUAACUUUCCAUUAAAAUAGUGGGAACACUUUUAUGAAUAAUGCAUUUCAAUAAAAAAGGAAUGUGUUAA